CUGUAGUGGCUGAGGAGACGAUCGUUGAAACGGCAUGAAGAAGUUGGUUGGACGUCGAUUGCAGACGCGUCAUCGACUUGAGGGCCAAAAAAUCGUUCUGACUAGAACGUGACUCUUGGGCGUCUUCAAGCGCUUUAUGUAAGGCGUCCAGGACCUGGGUGACUUCUGUGGAAACAAGCUGUGAAUGGUACACACUGGCUGUAACGGUAAAGUCCAUAGCGGCUGUUGUUAAACAGUCAGCACAAUCAGUGAUUUCAGCUACAGCCGCAUCCCAUUUUGUUUCUGGUGAUGAGAAGGAAAUUUGAGAAAAAUCCUUCGCUGCAACUGCAAACCGUUUACUUUCUUCGAGAAGUUUUUGUCGUGAACGAUUCGUGGACUCAUUGACGCUCGAAGACGACGAACAUGACGUCGACGUCGUCGUUUUCUCGGUGCCAGCAUUGUCUUCAUUAAAUCGCGAUUGUAGGGUGGAAACCCUGAGAAAAGAAACCUGUCAUAAGCAUAAAUUAUCCAGCAGAAUCAUUCUUUUGAGAAAUGGAGAAAGAAAUAGAACUCAUUUCAGACUACGAAUCUCAAACGCUUCAUCGCUGCCUUGA